AUACUUCGCGCUCUCAAACACUCUUUCCAUUAUCCGUCCCUCCCCUAAACACCUACUCAUCCCCCAUUCCGCUGAUCGCCUUUAUCGCAAACACAAACCUUCAUAAUGUCGACCGCCGGGGGAACUUACAGAGGUAAUCCAAGAACUGCUCCGCCGGGCAGAGGGGCGACACCUAACUUCCCUCCAACACCAUCUGGCCCAGGGAUCCCUGUGCCUGCUCCCAGUCCCGGUGGCCCCGCACACUCCGAAGCCGGUUCCAGCGUCAGUGAUAGCAGGAAGAGACAGAGCAAGAGGGACGAGGCUAUCCGUCGCAAAAUUGAAAAUGAUCUCAACAAAAAGAAGCACACGGUUUCGCGUGCUCGUCACACCCGUAAGGUUGCCCCGGGAACCGUUAUGGCCCUUCGCCCAUCCCAGGCUCUCCAGAUAAAGCCCAACACAACUGUUGCUGAGGCGGCUCAAAUUAUGGCUGCAAAGCGUGAGGAUUGUGUUCUUGUUACCGAUGAUGAAGAUCGUAUCUCUGGUAUCUUUACCGCGAAGGAUCUUGCCUUCCGUGUUGUUGGCGCCGGGGUUAAUGCGAGGGAUGUGACCAUUGCCCAAAUCAUGACCAAGAAUCCUCUCUGUGCUCGUACCGAUACUUCUGCUACUGACGCCUUGGAUUUGAUGGUUCGCAAAGGGUUUCGUCAUUUGCCCGUCAUGGAUGAGAACCAAGAUAUUUCUGGAAUUCUAGAUAUCACAAAGUGUUUCUAUGAGGCUAUGGAAAAAUUGGAGAGAGCGUAUGCGUCGUCUAGAAAGCUUUACGAUGCCCUGGAAGGCGUGCAAUCAGAACUGGGCUCUUCUCAACCACAGCAAAUUAUUCAUUAUGUGGAAGCAUUGCGACAGAAGAUGUCUGGUCCAGAUUUGCAGUCGGUAUUGGAUGGAAACCCACCUACCGUCGUUAGCGUAAGAACUACUGUGAAGGAUGCAGCAGCUAUGAUGAAGGAAAAUCACACAACUGCUGUGUUGGUUCAGGACAGCGGCAGUAUCACUGGUAUCUUUACGAGUAAAGAUGUGGUCUUGAGAGUGAUCGCCGCUGGAUUAGAUCCUGCGAAUUGCAGUGUGGUUAGAGUUAUGACUCCUCAUCCCGAUUUCGCCCCGAUGGAUAUGAGUAUCCAGGCUGCCUUGAGAAAAAUGCAUGAUGGUCACUAUCUGAAUCUUCCGGUUAUGAACGAAGCAGCGGAGAUUGUCGGCAUGGUCGAUGUGUUGAAAUUGACCUAUGCCACUCUAGAGCAGAUCAAUUCCAUGGGCACAACUGAUAGCGAAGGUCCUGCGUGGAACAAAUUCUGGAUGUCGCUUGACAAUGAUACUGAAUCUGCUGUUUCGGACGGUACUAGACAUACCGGCCCGCCCAUCCGUCCUCAUCAACCCGACUCGCCUAUCAGAGUGCUAUUCUCCCUACCGACUCUGCAUCUCACCACGGCGGUUCCCCCCCAACUUCUGUACGGGCGUAUGCAUCGUUGCCAGGUUGCUGCAAGCGGCGGUCUGAUAGAACUUCUCGCAGCUGUUGUCCAGAAACUUGGAAGCGAAGUUCAAAAUGUUGGCGGAGAACCUGAAUUUGGCGCGGAUGGAAAACUUGAGAAACAGGGGUUUGCCAUGAGCUACGUGGAUAGCGAGGGCGACAUAGUUUCCAUUACUUCCGAUAGGGAUUUGAUUGAUGCGAUUGAGAUGGCCAGGAAUGGGGGGAGGGAUAAGGUUGACUUAUACGUUCAUGAUCCAGAUUCCCCAGCCGUCAUUGCUACCGCCGAACCAAAACCAGUUAUCGACACUCCUACUGAACCAAUCCUUCAUAGCAGACGAAGACGCAGACAUGAAGAGGAGGAUACUGAGGAAUCAAGUGAGGAAGAAGAAGAGAUAGUGGCACAUAGAAAAGCAAAGAAAAAUGCAGUAUCCCAGAUUCCAGCCUUGGCCCCCGUUCAACCGGAGGUUAUACCUGGUGUUCCGAACGAGCUGCUCUUGCCCGGGGCUCUCGUCACCUUGGCUGUGGUAAUUGGGGCAUGAGAGAAUCUCCGCUAAGACAGUCGGAUGGGUUUAGUUAGUUGUUCCACUAUAAACAAGGCUGUUACUGAGGUGCUUUUUUACACUUUUUUUCUUUUCUUUAAAGCAGAUGGGUGGGAUAGGCCUCGUUUUGCGGGAAACCACAAGCAUCGAGAUUGUCUGACAUUUUAAGGUUGCGUAGAUAUGUAUUGUUCUUGCUCAUUCCCACUGGGUUGUUAUAUUUUCAUCUGGAUAUGCCCAAUUGAGAUCGACAAGGGCCGAUACCCAUCAAUGGUUUUUCGGAGGUAGCGCUUAUAGUGGUUUACAUGGCCCAAAGCCUCUCCAAUUUUUAUUUUUUUCUCAUUUCUGUCUCGUCGCUGGAUGUUGUGUCAGCAAUACACCUGUAAUUCAUUCUCCUUUGUUUGUUUUUCUUUACCUUCAUAGCCUGCGUUUUGCCUUCUCUUGUUGCCCCUCCUUUUUUUAAAGUUUUUUCUUUCUUUUCUUUUCACUAUCAACAUCAAUGAUUGUGACAUCCCCACCUAGCAUUUCACAUCCUCUCGUUUCUUUCUUUCUUUCUUCUCUCUCAGAUUUCAGCCCUGUAACGAGCAAUACGAAUUCUGUCCGUUAGAAUUUAUUAAAUUUAUGUA